GCACGAGAGGAGCAGCCGACACAGACGCUGAACUGAGUUAUUGCACCGUCUGCAGGCUUUGCCACUGAAGAUGCGCUCACUGUAAAUCCUACGAGCCACGCAGCACACUCGUAGGGUAAAUAGUGUCCAGGACAGGGGUCUGGUUUCUCUUAUUUAAUAUAAUUGUGCGUGCUUACACCGGACGUGUUUGCGGCUUCUGCUCCUCGCUGCGUGCGCGCUCUCUUUGUGAACCUGCUGAGCGAAGCCCUCGCGCUCUGGGGGCUGCCCGGCUUUUGAAUGGGAUGCGCGGUGGUCUACAGCACAGCUGGCAUUGAGGAGCAGGACGGUUCCGUCGGGACGCCCUAAAGUGGAGACGACCUACAAGGUGGAGAAGGACAAAAGGAGCUGCUUUUCUAUUUAAAACCGAAUCAAGAAUUCCAUGUUAUAAACGGAACCACCACCACCACCACCCAACUCCAGCCCCGCCCGAACUCCGCCCCCCCCGCCAUGCCCAUCCUCAAGCAGCUGGUGGGCUCCUCCCAGACCAAGCGGCGCUCCCGCAUGGACCUGACCCGCGAGAUGAUCAGCUCGCCGCUCGGCGACUUCCGCCACACCAUGCACGUGGGCCGCAGCGGCGACGCCUUCGGAGACACCUCCUUCCUCAGCAGCCGCUCGGGCGAGCCUGCGCCGCCGCCGGAGACGCCCCCGGCCUACCCCCACUCGCCCCGCCCGGGCCUGCUGUCCCGCACCUUCCGCAGCAGCAAGCGCUCCCAGUCGGUGACCCGCGUGGACCAGCGCGACGGGCUGGCCUCGCCCGGCGGGCCGUCCCCCGCCCACGUGAAGAACGCCAUGUCCCUGCCCUUCCUCAACGACGAGGACUGCGUCGACGGCGUGGCCACCCGCAGCCUCACGUCCAGCCCCUUGAGGCACGUCGGGGGUAGCGGGCGCGCGUACAACGGCAACGCCGCCGCCGCCGGGGCGUGCCAGGGGCUGGAACUGGAGGAGAGGAGCUUCGGGGAGCUGACGGACCUUCCGGAGACGGCGACCUCCCCGUACCGGGGCGGCGGCAUGAAGCGGGCCGAGUCGGUCAUGUCGUUCCACAUCGACCUGGGGCCCUCCAUGCUGGGGGACAUCCUGGACGUGAUGGAGAAGGAGGACGACGACCUGGGCUACGAGGAGGGCAAGAGCAGCGAGGGCCACGCCUCGCCGCCCCUCAGCACCGUGGGCGAGGGGGACGACAGCGUGGCCGGCGGCGGCGGACUCGGGGGGCCGGGAGAGUUGGAGGCCAACGCCGAUGAGGAGGAGGAGGAGGAUGAGGAAGAGGCGAGGCUGCAGAA